CGAGGCGAGCUAGUGCGCUAGUGCCUUGGGCGACUCGGCCGAGACAACGACAUGGCGAGCUGACCGCGCGCGCGCUGCUGCCGUGCCAAGCCGUGCCGCGUUGCGCCGAUCACGGCCGUGCCCCCCGUGCGCGACAACGACCGACCGACGACCCGCAAAACACCUCCCUGCCGACCGGGUCCAAGUGAACACGACGACGCAGUGUCUGCGACGAAACCGUCCUGCCUCCAGCGGGGCUCCAGCGAGGAUCCAGGAAUGCACAGUAGCAACAGCGCCCCCCAGGCAGCUGAGGCAGGGUUAGGGCCUGCAGGGCCUCGCCUGGCCCGUGCCGCGGCCUGCGCCUAGGGCCCGGCCGGGACCCGCUGCCUGCAGGCUCCAGGCUGCAGGCCCUCCAGGUCCAGCAGGCUGGGGCAGGGCUGCCUCUUGGGCUGCCUCGCGGGAUGCGGCCGAAGCGGGGCGUGCUGAGGUAGUGGCAGCAUGCAGGCGGAAGCCUCCCCGGCCUCGCAAGGGGCAACGGGCACCGCCACCGCCUCCAAGGGGGCCAGCGCGGUCAACGGCGGCCGCUUCGACUUCGACGACGGCGGCACCUACUGCGGCGGCUGGGAGGACGGCAAGGCACACGGCCAUGGCGUGUGCACCGGCCCCAAGGGCCAGGGCGCCUACUCGGGGUCCUGGCACUACGGCUUCGAGGUGUCCGGCGUGUACACCUGGCCCAGCGGGAGCACCUACGAGGGCCAAUGGCAGAACGGCAAGAGGCACGCGCUGGGCGUGGAGUCCCGGGGCCGCUGGGUGUACCGGGGCGAGUGGACGCAGGGCGCCAAGGGCCGCUACGGCGUGCGCCAGUCCGCCGCCUCCCUGGCCAAGUACGAGGGCACCUGGGCCUCGGGGCUGCAGGAUGGCUACGGCUCCGAGACCUACGCCGACGGAGGCACGUACCAGGGGCAGUGGCUGCGCGGCAUGCGGCACGGCUACGGCGUGCGCGCGUCGGCGCCCUUCGGCCAGGCGUCGCACUACCGGCCGCACAAGAGCGCGCUGCGGGCCUCCAUGUCGUCGCUGAGGAGCAACGAGCCCGGCGGCGGCAGUGGCGGCGGAGGCGGCGGCGGCGCCCUGGACCCGUCCGCCGAGCGGGACCGCCGCGUCGACGACUCCCGGGGCGGCUUCGUGCUCAAGGCCAAGAGCGACGAGCCGCCCGCCAGGCGGAGGAGCCUGGUGGAGAAGUCGGGCCUCAAGCGCUCCAUCCUGUCGGGCUUGAAACUCCGAAAGCAGCGGUCGACGGGGGACAUCGAGAAGCGGGGCACGUCGGGGGGCAGCAUGCGCUCCAACGCGUCCUCGGCGUCCUGGGUGUCCACCGAGUCGGACCAGUCCGCCUUCACGUCGGCGUCGCAACACACGGACUCCAACGCGUCCUUCGUCAUCGAGCUUAUGGACGAGGACGAGCACAUGGACGCGAGCGUGACGGAGACGUACAUGGGCGAGUGGAAGAACGACAAGCGCAGCGGAUUCGGCAUCAGCGAGCGCUCGGACGGGCUGCGCUACGAGGGCGAGUGGUUCAACAACAAGAAGUACGGGUACGGCGUGACGACGCUGCGCGACGGCACGCGGGAGGAGGGCAAGUACAAGAACAACGUGCUCAUCACCAGUCAGAAGAAGAAGCACCUGUUCCUCAUCCGGUCCGCCAAGUUCCGGGAGCGGAUAGACGCCGCCGUGUCCGCGGCGCAGCGCGCCUCCAAGAUCGCCCUGCAGAAGGCCGACAUCGCCAUCUCGAGGACGGCCACGGCGCGAGGCAAGGCGGAGCUGGCGGACGUGGCCGCGGAGCACGCCCGGGAGGACCACGAGAUCGCCAGGCUAACGGCCAAGCAGUUCGCGCCCGACUUCAACCAGCCAGGCCUAGAUCGAAUAGGGAAGGACGCCCCGAAAUUCCGACCCCCUGCAGAGGACGCAGUACCUGGAAAGUCAAUUCUCACAAAGACUGGAAGCAUCGACCACGUUAACCACCAACAGCCCACGCAGCAGCAACAACAAAUGCAGCAACACAUGCAGCAGCAAAUGCAGCAGCAACAGCAGCAGCAACAGCAGCAACAGCAACAAUUACAACAGCAGCUGCAGCAGCAGCACUUACAGCACCAGCUGCAGCAGCAACUGCAGCAGCAGCAGUACGGCCAGCAGCAGUACAACCAGCAGCUGCAGCCGCAGUACCAGACGACGGUCACGCCGCCCACGCCUCUGCCCAUGGAGUCCAGCAACGCGCCGAACUUCCAGCCAAUGCACGGCGUGUCCAUGGGCCUGGGGCAGGCCACGGCGGGGCUCUCGCAGGGGCUGGGGCAGAUGGGGCCCGGCAUGGCGCACAGCAUGUCUCAGGACGGCGCGGCCGACAACAUGUCCACCGGGGGCGGGUCCCUCGGUGGGCGGCGCACCUCGCUGCGCCGCAACUCGCGGCUCGUCAGCUCCAUGUCGCACGACAGCCCCGGCUACAACUUCCAGCAGGCCAUGUCGGACCACUUCGACCAGUACAAGCGGCCGCCCAGCCGGGACUCGUCCGUGGACCGCUACUCCAGGGCCGCCAUGGGGGCGGCGAGGAUGUCCAGCGGGUCCCGGCAGCCCAGCGUGGACAAGAGCACGCCCGCGGAGGCCAUGCUGGACAGGUGGGUGCCCGCCGGUUGAAUCAGAAACCAUUUUUAAAAUCAUUUCUUUCAGGAUAAUUUUGCUGACCCAUCCUGGGCGACAGCUUCAGAGAAGUCAUUGAAAUCAGAGGCAACUUUAUGCCAAGACGCCGUUUACAUCUCAGCUGUAAGACUU